AUGGUCGCCAACCACAGGUACCUUGGUGUGCAGCUCGACAGCGCCCGCAAAGCGGACAAAAACGGACUGGACAAGCUGAUCAGGAAGGCCAGCUCAGUGGUCGGGGCUGAGCAGCUAAAGGUCCAGCAGGUGGCAGAGGCCAGAAUCCUCAACAAACUGGCCUCAAUAAUGACUAACCCCACUCACCCACUCCACGCCCUGAAGGUGAUCAAGAACAGCACCUUCAUUACCCCAGUGGCCCCUGCUGUGAGACAAGUCCCUCCUUUGAGACAAAUAGCAAAGGUGACUUGCUCACACUGCAACCUCCAAUUAAACCGUAAGAAUUACAAGACCCACAUACGCCGGAAGCACGUCGAUUCUUUUGAGGUUGUCUCAAGAGAAAGACAUUUGGCAUGUCAGUGCAUCGAUCCAAAAAAUGGUGUGUUUGCGGUUGAAAAGUCGUUUCAUGGUCCUGCAACACCCAUACACGUGAUAAAAAAAACAUGGGGACCUACACAGAAAAUUGUAUGUGAGUUGAACCAAUGCCAACUGAAUGCAGAAUUUGCCGUACGAUCCAGGAUAUUACCCUUUGAAUGUCAUCAUCUAAGGUCACUGUCAUACUGCCCACGGUCAGAGAGCAAAGUUCCUGUUUUAUCUGAGGAAUCCUUGGUUUUGAUGGUUCAAAACAAAUGGUUUGGAGAGGAGCGGAAAGCAAGCCUCAUACAGCGGCAAAAGGAGGCAGAUGCUGAAGGUGUGCCCCUUUCUUUGGAACUCACAAUUGGUGGACCACCAGCCAAGUAUCACAUUUCUGUGUACGAGCCCAAGGUGUCCUAUUAUAGCAGGCUUCAAAGGACCAUUGUAGCUUAUGACAGCAAAAAAAAUAGUUGGCAUUGUCCUUGCGCCAAACCAAAACAGGCAUGCAAACAUAAAGCCAUAGGUAAAUGGCACCUUUUUCAAACAAAAAGGCACUUGUUUAGGAGGCUGAAGUCCACCGAUUCAGAGGGAACCCUACCACCACAACUGACUUCAGAGCAGGACGGCAGUCAGCGGGAAGAGGGAAACUAUCCACCAAGGGACAAAGGGGUAGAAAGAAUGCUGAAGUACAUCGCGGCGAAUAAAAAGCUCCCUGCUGAAAUACCACAGGCUCUCAUACAACAGAGCAGAGAUGCCCAUGUGUUGAAUGGCUAUCCAAGGCAUUUGAUUCCAAAAGAAACCAGAUGUACGGAAUGUGAUUGCAUGCUCAGUGACCCUGUACUGAUAACCUCUAAAGGGAGGAUUCUGUCAGCCAAUAGUGUCAUUGAAGGUAAUUAUUUCAUUACUUCAUGCUUCUCAUACCUCAAAUCAAAUCAUGAUGCCACAUUCAAUUCAUAG